AUGGAGGCUAUGGCAAAGGGCAAGAAGGAGCUGGGCGACAAGUUCCCCAGAAUUAUCACCUGCCCCAACGAGAUGGUGGCCCUCUCGAUGGCAGAUGGCUUCGCCCGAUUGACCAACAAGCCACAGUGCGUCAUAGUCCACGUCGAUGUCGGAACUCAGGGCCUGGGGGCCGCUGUACAUAACGCCUCCUGCGGACGAGCACCAGUUCUCAUCUUUGCCGGCCUGUCUCCAUACACGAUCGAGGGGGAGUAUCGAGGGUCAAGAACAGAAUACAUCCAUUGGAUUCAAGAUGUGCCCGAUCAAAGACAGAUUGUUUCACAGUACUGCAGAUAUACUGGCGAGAUCAAGGGUGGGAGGAAUGUCAAACAGUUAGUCAAUCGAGCGCUUCAAUUUGCGACAAGUGAUCCGCAAGGUCCAGUCUAUCUCUACGGCGCAAGAGAGGCCAUGGAGGAAGAUAUCGAGCCAUACCAUUUGGAUCAGACGCAGUGGGAGAGGGUCAGCCCCGCAGCCCUUCCACAAGCAGCAGUCAAACUCGUCGCGGAGAAUCUAGUCGCAGCCAAGGAUCCUUUGCUAAUAGUAGGGUACACCGGCCGCAACUCAGAAGCUGUCUCUGCUGCUGUGGCUCUCGCGGAUAAGAUCCCGGCUCUCCGAGUCCUCGACACAGGUGGUUGCGAUAUGUGUUUCCCAGCAAACCACCCUGCAGCUUUGGGCCUCCGCUACGGUUCUGAUCCAGCCAUUACGACGGCUGACUUCAUUCUUGUUGUCGACUGCGACGUUCCUUGGAUUCCUACUCAGUGCAAACCUAGGGCCGAUGCGAAAAUUAUUCAUAUUGAUGUAGAUGUCUUGAAACAACAAAUGCCUGUUUUCUACAUUCCAGCUUUUGCUCGAUUCAAGGCUGACUCAACCACAUCCUUCUCACAGAUCAAUGACUUCCUUGCACAAAAUCCAGACCUUCCCGGGACACCCUCAGGCGAGGCACAUCAAGCUGCAGCAAAGAAACGGGAGGAUUCUUAUAAUGCACGCUGGGGUCCGGUUAAGGAACUUGCAAAGAUUCCAUCGGAUUCGCAGAACGCAUCAAUUGACCCACAUAUUCUUGGAGGUCAGAUAAGAGCCGCUGUACCGGAGGACGCGAUCUUCGCGGUCGAAGCGGUAACACUGAGCCUUUAUAUUGCUGAUCAGAUUGCCCCAGUAUUACCGAAGUCGUGGAUUAACUGUGGUGGAGGUGGUCUUGGAUGGUCUGGUGGCGGCGCCUUGGGCAUCAAGCUCGCAUCGGAUUUCGAGCACAGAGAUGUUGCUGCUGGUGACCUUGAAGGAACCAACAAGGGCAAGUUCGUUUGCCAAAUCGUCGGGGAUGGCACAUACCUCUUCUCUGUUCCCGGUUCAGUCUACUGGAUUGCACAGCGUUACAACAUCCCCGUCUUGACCAUCAUCCUGAACAACCAUGGCUGGAAUGCGCCUCGUCGAUCUAUGCUCCUGGUCCAUCCAGAUGGUGAAGGAAGCAAAGUUGACAACAAAGCACUCAAUAUCAGCUUCGACCCCACGCCGAAUUAUGCUGGCAUCGCGAAGGCUGCGACCGGUGAUAAGGCGUUCGCGGCACAGGUCAGCAGUGUUGCCGAACUGCUAGAACAAUUACCAAAGGCAGUCGAGGCUGUCAAGGGUGGUAGAUGUGGUAUUCUGGAAGUCAAGCUCGGCGCAGACCUGAAGAAACUGGCCGGCGAUGCGAAUGUUGAUGUAGUGGCUACAUCAAGUGGAUAG